UGUACUACACUGAUUGGUGGGAAUACAUUUAUUCCCUUCAAAAUUGGAAGAACCAGUUGAUAAUUUUUAGGAAUUUUGGAUGCUGACGAUCAGUGCAUUUGCCAUUUUCAUUGCCAACUCUUUCAAAGCUUCUGGAUAUAGGUCAUUGGGUCCCAGGGAUUAUUCACUUCCAGUUCAAUUAAUUAGCCUCAAGCCAUUAAGCCCAUUGAGUCUGCUCCACCAUUUGAUCAUGGCUGAUGUAUAUUCCUUCUCAACCCCAUUCUCUGCCUUCUCCCGUAACCUUUACUAAUCAAGAAGUUAUUAAUAUCUGCUUUAAAUGUACAAGUAGGACAAAUGAAUGAGUCAUGGAGUGGAAAAGCCCAACACAUCCAAUCUGCCUCCCUGAGCUUGUCCCAUUUGCCUGUGUUCAGCCCACAUUCUCCCAUAAACUUUUCCCAUCCAGAUACCUGUCCGAGUGCUUUUUUAAAGCAUUCCACUCAGACAGAUCUCAAAGGAGCCAAAACUUCCAAGCCAUGAUAACUAUUCCUGCAAACUGGUUACACACAUGAAGAUGUGGGUUUGGGUUCUGUCUCUGACCCUCAAAGAACACUGAUUUAAAUCUGUCCCUGAUUAUUAAAAUAGGCACAUCCACCUUCUUGAUGAAUCAGACCAUAUAGUCCCUGUUUAUUUUGCAGUUAUAAGUUUUUUGGUCGUGGGCAAGCACCAGUUUAAAUGGUUGAUGAGCAAAUUCUGAGGAUGUUGUUUUAGGGAGUUUGAUUUGUUGGCAUUGCAGUGUUUCUUUUGUGCUGCAUUUAAGCACCUGGGAGAAAUAAGGAUGUUCACUCUUAGAGAAAAUACAUUUGCAAUGUUGCUUUGAUGUUUAAAUAACAAACAGCAGCAUUGUAUUUUCUUGUCGGGUUAAUAUGAGAAGCAUUUUGCAUGGGGAGCUCCUGGCUGGGGAGAAAAGAGUUGAAAUUCUUGCUUUGAUCUGGAAAAAUAAAUAAUUAACUGCCAAAAGCUGUCUUUGAAAAUGACUGGAAUUUAUUUUACACAAUUCUCUUGAAUCUUUGCUCUUAUCCCUCCCCCUCGACUCAGCAGUUUUCUUUAGUGAUACUUGACUUUGCCUUGACCUCAAACCGAGCCUACAAUGCGUUGUCCCAGCUAUUGCUGGUCUCGGGCACUCUUGAACCAUUUUAUGUUCACAUUCUCGGAGUGCGGUUUGUGCGGAGAGGGGAAGGGUCAACGUUUGAAGUAAAACACAUUUUGACAUUAAGUCAGAGUAUGCCGUUAUGUUUGACUGAUCAGUGAUUAGCUCUGACCCAGUUGGGUCUAGUUUCACUGCCAGUUUUCAAAAUAAAAAAUAAAAAAAGUUGCCUCAACUCUUUCUAUAUUGUGAGCUGGAAGAUUUGUGUCUCGUAGGUGUUUUUUUCCAUCUCAGUUUGGAAAGAAGAGCACUGAUGUUAUAUUUUCACAUUGAGAUCAUCUCUGCCUGAAAGCAACCUGGACUCCUGUUGGGUCUGCCUAAUUGUUAUGUUCUGGGGACAUUUGUGCAGAUUUGUAGAACAUAUUCCUUGGUUUAGGCAUCGAUAAACUCUGCUGGAAGAAUGAUUUUCAGUAGGAGAGUGGUGAAAAUCCUCAACCUACUGGAAUGUUACCAUGCUGGUCGCCGGAGAGACCUCCUGCUCUGAUGGUAGCCUGACUCUUUAUCAUACCAAUGCAAUUAGGAAGUGAAAACAUUCCUUGAUGUGUUUGCAAAAAUGUGUCUGUAAACACUUCGGAAAUUCUGUGAAUUCUCAAUCCCUCCAGCUCUGGUCUUGUAACUCGACCACUUCCUUAACCCCAACACAUCUCUAUCGUUGGGAUUUCUUGCUUAAGCUCUGCCUGCUUUCAUGCCUUUUUUUCGACUGCUUAAGGCUGUUUUUUUUUAAAUCAAGCUUUUUAAUCACCUGUUCUUAUCAUCUUUCUCUUGGGGGUCACCUCAGGUGUGACACUACAUCAUUACAUAACAGUAUAACGCCACUGGGGCUUGGUACGUGAUGAAACCUGGGUAGUGGCUGGGAGUUCAGUAGUCUUGUGACCUGGAGGAAGAAGCCUAUCCUAACAGAAGAAUGCCAGCAGUUCUUGUCCUGAUGCUACAGUAAUGCCUGCUUGAUGGUGGGGGGAGGGGUCAAAGAGAUUGCUGCACAAAUGAAAGGGAUUAUUGACGGUGCUGUGGUGAACUAUGUGCCUGUCGGGACACGCCCCUGCUGACUGCUCCUGUGGCUCCUCCCACAGGCCCCUGUAUAAAGGAGACCUGCGGCCUGAAGAUCGGCCUCAGUCUCCAGGACCUUGUAUGAUAGACACUCACUCCUGGUUCCUUCUUCCAGUCAAUAAAAGCCGAUAUCUCGCCUACGUCUCAGUGUGAGUUAUUGAUGGUGCAUCAAUUUUAUUGACUGGAAGUUUUAAAACAUGGAACCCGUUUUGCGUCCGGACCGGUUGGAUUUGGACCGUCAAGACCCUGACGCAGCUCUCGCUUUUGAACACUGGCUUGCAUGCUUCCAAUCGUACUUGGCGGAGCUUCGUGCGACUGAACCCGCCGUUAUGCACAGAAUCCUACUCUCGAGGGUCUCCUCCAAAGUUUACUCCUUUAUCCGGGACCUGCCGACCUACGAAGGGGCACUGGACGCCCUCAAACGACAGUACCUGCGGCCGGUGAACACCGUCUACGCAAGACAUCGCUUAGCUACCCGGCAACAGCGGCCUGGCGAAUCGUGCGCUGAGUUUCUCCGAGCACUACAGACACUCGUCCGAGCUUGUGACUGCAAGACGCUCACGGCAGAACAGCAUGCGGAGCUGCUGGUGCGAGACGCCUUUGUGACGGGACUGAGGUCAGUGUACAUGCGCCAGCGGCUGCUGGAGAACUCGGAUCUUACCUUAAGCUCGGCGAUAGAGAAGGCCAACGCUCUAGAAGCUGCGCGGCAUAACGCCGACGCUGUCCAGUCGCGCGAUUCCCCGCCGGUUUCGUGGACGCCUCAGACCCCGCCACCGCCGGCUCCCGGGAGCGAAUUCGCCAACGCCGCCGCCAGUCGCCAUUCCACGAGCUCCCCGACCCAGACCACGGCUGUGGCCCGUAAGAAACUCGUGCUUUGUUAUUUCUGUGGCCAAAAGAAACAUCCUGGACAACGCUGUCCAGCGCGAGAAGCGACCUGCUCCAGCUGCGGAAAGCGGGGCCACUUCGCCAAGGUCUGUAAGUCUCAACCUCGAGCGGAGUGCAGCGCUGCGGGUGAAACGUGGGGGCCGCCAUCUUGCAUGCCGGGAUGUGGGCGGCCAUCUUUGUCGACGUCAGCACGCCCCGCCCCCGAUCCUCAGAUGCUGACCGGGUACCCCGGAUGUGAGCGGCCAUCUUUGUCGGCGUCAGCAUGCCCCGCCCCCGACCCUCCGAUGCUGACCGGGUACCCCGACGGCGAUCCAACUCUGGCCACUGUGACUCUCGACCAAAGCGCCCCACACCAGCUUGCAAGGUCCAUGAUGGACAUCCAGGUGGAGGGGCAUUGGACUGGAUGCCUGUUUGACACGGGCAGCACUGGGAGUUUUAUUCACCCGGACACAGUGCAACGCUGCGGACUUGCAACGCUGCGGACUUGCAACGCGGCCGGUCAGUCGGAGGUUCCAUUUGGCCUCUGGGUCGCAGUCCGCAGACAUCUGGGCGGGUUGUGUAGCGACUUUGGUGGUGCAAGGCACAGAAUAUCGGGACUUUGAACUGCUGGUCAUGCCUAAUCUGUGUGCACCUGUGCUAUUGGGGCUGGACUUCCAGAGCCAUCUCGAAAGUGUGACUAUGGUAUACGACGGGCCCCUCCCACCACUCACUGUCAAGAAUCCUCAGUUUUGUGGGACUUCUUCACAUACCCCG